UUGGACAUAAUAAAUUAAAUGCGCAUGUAUCAUGGAAUUCAACUGGAGAAAGAGAUGAUGAAAAAGUCUUAGGCAGAUUUAGGUGUCAUCCUAAAAGUGCUGUAACAGUCACGAAUUCUCCUCAGCAUCUUGUUGCUGGUGAUAAAAAAGUCACUUACGAAAUACUUGUUCACCAAAAGAAUGUUGCU